AUGAAAGAAGAAGAUGGAGAAAAGACCGCUUUUCACACGGAUAAAGGUAUCUUUUGCUACCAAAAGAUGCCUUUUGGCCUUAAGAACGCUGGUGCAACCUACCAACGCCUUGUUGGAAAAACUUUUGCUAGUCAAAUUGAUAGAAACAUGGAAGCAUAUGUCAAUUAUUUGGUAAUCAAAAGCAAAACAGAAUACCAAAUGCUUGAUGACAUCCAAGAAACCUUCAAGAACAUAAGGAAGAUCAACAUGAAACUCAACCCCGAGAAAUGCUCGUUUGGGUUUGAAGAAGGUAAAUUCCUGGGGCAUAUUGUGGGAAAACAAAGUAUCAAGGCCAACCCAAAUAAGGUCAAGGCCGUUCUUGAAACCAAACCACCACGAAGCAAAAAGGAGGUAGAAAGCCUGAAUGGAAAGCUUGCAGCCCUGAAGCGUUUUACCUCAAAAUUGGCUGAAAAAUCUUUGCCUUUCUUCAAAACGCUCAAGGGGUGCUCUGAUAAAAAAGAUUUCAAGUGGACUGAAGAGGCUGAGGAAGCCUUCAACCAGAUGAAGCAACACUUAGCUUUGCUUCCAGAUAUUGCAGCCCCAGAAACAGGAGAGCUGGUCUCUGUAUACCUUUCGGUUGCUGAAGAAGCAAUAAGUGCGGUUCUAACCAUCAAACGAGACAAAGUUCAGACCACCAACAAUGAAGCCGAAUACGAAGUGUUGAUAGCCAGCUUAAGGUUAGCCAAGGAAAUGAAGGUUCAAAAGCUUCAAGUCUUCACGGUCUCAUUGCUGGUGUCAAGUCAAGUGAAUAACAGUUAUGUUGCAAAGGAGCCCAAAAUGAAGAGAUACAAGGAAAAAUCUAAAAAGCCGAUGAACACAUUCCAAACAUGUACCAUCAAGCAAAUUCCCAGGUCUCAAAACAAGAAAGCUGAUGCCUUGAGUAAACUCGCCUCUCUCACCUUUGCCCACCUUACCAAAAAGGUAUUAGUAGAGGUGUUGAAAACUCCUUCGAUUGAAGAAUUGGAAGUUCAAGAUGUAAUCACCGAAGAAGGCCCCAAUUGGAUGACUCCUAUUAAAAAAUUCCUUAAAAACGGUGAGUUACCUGCUGAUCAAACAGAGGCUGAAAGGGUUAAAAUCAAAUCUAGGCAGUAUGUGUUGCAAGGUGAAAUCCUCUACAAAAAGGGUUACCUUGCACCCUUACUGAGAUGUGUCGGUCCUGAACAAAGCCAGUACUUGGUCAAAGAGGUUUAUGAAGGGAUAUGCGGAGCUCAUUUUGGAGCAAGAACGGUGGUUGCUAAGCUAAUGAAUCUUAGGUAUUUUUGGCCUUCCAUGCACCGAGACACCACCGAACAACUGAGAAAAUGUGAUUCUUGUCAAAUUCAUGCACCGGUCCCAAAGAGCCCCAAGCAUGACCUUGUCCCAAUAUCUUCAGCCUGGCCAUUUUAUAAAUGGGGAAUGGACAUUGUCGGCCCAUUCCCACCAGCCAAAGGUGGAGUGAAGUUUUUAUUGGUGGCCAUAGACUACUUCACCAAGUGGCCUGAAGUCAAACCACUUGCAAAAAUCAUGGGCAAACAGGUCAUCGACUUCGUUUGGGAAAACAUCAUUUGUCGCUAUGGGUUACCGGGAGUGCUGGUUACCGAUAAUGGAAAGCAAUUCGCUGAGAAGCCUUUUAGCACUUGGUGCAAAGAAUUCAGAAUAACUCAGGUUUUCAGCUCAGUUGCAUAUCCACAAUCAAACGGCCAAGUUAAAAGGAUGAAUCGAAGCAUAGUUGAAGGAAUCAAAACCCGAUUGGGAGGGCAUGAAAGCAAUUGGCUCGAAGAGUUGCCAAACGUUCUAUGGGCUAUUAGAACAACGGAAAAAACAAGCCACAAAAGAACACCUACAGCUUGGUGUUCGGAUCGGAAGCCGUGA